AUUGAUGAUUUAGGUUCUGAACAAAAAAUCCCAUUGGUAUAACUUGUGCCUAGUUUUGUGUUAUAACUCCAUCAUCAACCAAUCCGUUUACAAUGGCGUCCAUCAGUCAAGCAUAUUCUCUUCUUGGACAAUUUUCAUCUAAUCAUCUGAAGAGGGUCAAUAUUUUGGCCUUUUAUAAUACCACAAAUGUGAGAAACGUCUUUAUUGGUGCAAUUACUUGCUCCUCAUCCAAAACCAGCAUGUUUAAUCGCAUGCUACCACUGCCUACUUUGGCUGCCAAUGCUGCAAGACAUAACUGCCGCUACCUGGGGACAAGCUCAGAAGCUGCUGCUGCUGGGGCUGCCACUACCAAGCCUUCACCUGUGAAGAAAGAAAUCCUGAAAGAAUAUUCUGAAAUUCCUGGCCCUUCACCACUUCCCCUCGUAGGGAACACUCUCUUCUUUAUCACUCAUAAGGAAUUUGACCCUAGCAACUACUACAAAUUUUGGGGGGCUCUCAUACAAGAAUAUGGCAGCAUUGUGAAGCUCCAGACCAUUGGCAUGCCCCCCAUGGUGGGCACCACCAACCCUGAUGACAUUGAGGUCUUCCUUAAGAGUACUCUGGAGAACCCUAUCCGCAUAGGCUUUGCAAGCCUCAAGAGCGUCCGCCUGCGUGCCAAAGACAACUACUUCAACAAAAAGACCGGCCUCCUACCUGAGAACGGCGAUGAGUGGUGGCGGCUCCGUAGCCGCGUGCAGNAUGCUAGUGGGGUGCUGGUGUUGGUUGGAGGGCAGGUGUUGGUUGGGGAGGGCAGGAUCGACCUACUGCAGGCCGAGACCGGACAAGUGCCUGCAGACUUCCUGCAGGAGCUCUACAAGUGGGCCCUGGAAUGCAUCGGGCUGGUGGCGCUGAAUCGCGAGCUGGGCUGCCUGGAGCCCAACAUCAGCCCAGACGCGCUGCCCGUGCAGCUCAUCCGUCACGUCAACGAUCUUUUCUCCGCCCUCAACGAAACUGAAGUGAACUUUCAUUUCUGGAAGUAUUUCCGCACGGCGUCGUACACGAAACUCGAGGAGUCGCACGCCGCCUUCCUCGAACUCGCGGCUGGGGCGAUACGGGAGGCCGAGGCCCGCCUGGAGGAGGCCAAGGCUCUGGGGGACCCCGACCGCCAGCUCACCAUCAUGGAGACCUUCCUAAACACGGAGGGCCUCAGCCGCAGCGACGUCGCCACCAUGAUCCUCGAUAUGCUCUUCGCCGGCGUAGACACGACCUCUCACACGGUAGCCUUCGCCCUGUACCUGCUGGCGCGCAACCCCGAGGUGCAGCGGAGCCUGCAGCGGCAGGUGGACGCCGUGGUGAGGAAGGGCGAGCCCCUCACGCCGGAGCACCUCGCCGCCCUCAGCUGCAUCGUCAACGCCGUCAAGGAGACCCUCAGACUGUAUCCCCUGACUUUGGGGAACGCUCGUGUACUGACGCACGACAUCGUCAUGUCGGGCUACAAGGUCCCCGCUGGGACGCUGGCCAUGGGCUUCAACUCUGUGAUAUCCCGCAUGGAGGAAUACUUUCCUCGGCCCCUGGAGUUCCUGCCGGAGCGGUGGCAGCGCGACCGCCCCUACGGCGCCAUCCAUCCCUUCGCGUCGCUGCCCUUCUCCCACGGCACCAGGAUGUGCAUCGGCAAGCGUUUGGCCGAGCAGGAGAUAUACACCUUCCUCAUCAGGAUGCUGCAGAAGUACACGGUGACGUUCGAGUCUGACGAGGAGAUGGAGGUGAAGACGCAGCUUGUCCUCAAGCCCGCCACUCAGCUCGCCUUCAAGUUCCACCCGAGGAACUGAUCCGCCCUCACGAAUUAGGGUCUAAUCUUGGCUUACGUUUCGUGUUGGUACAUGCGGGCCCUGAUUGUGGCAAGCUGUCAACAGCACGUCCUCGUAUCAUGCUGUCAACGGCGCGCUCGAGUAUCAUGCUGUCAACAGCGCGUAAUGCUACAGACAAACCACAAGUGCCUUCGUCUCAGCAUCAUCAGUUCCUGCUGCCCUGCAGUUAACUGCCAACCUGUGUCGCAGGAGCGGACGGUAAUAAUCUUGUUGUAAUCAGCACGAGGCGAUCCGUUUAAUUAGAUAGGCAGUAGUUGUAAGGUGAUCAGCUGGAGAGCAUGCGACUUUAUUGAAAUAUAUUUAAUCGCGAUACUCAUCCCUGCAGGUAGGCUUCCUGUAUUAUUCAAAUAUGCAGUCAAAAUUUCUAAGUUUUUCA